GUUUCCUAAUCAAAGAAAGGGAGAAAAUGGUGAUUUGGAUUGGAUGAGUUUUGGGGAUUCUCUCUAUCUUUCCACUUUCUUUGGACAGUCACAGUGUCUGUGAGUAUGGCUUCCAUUUCUCUCUCUUUUUCUUCGUCCGUUGUUCCCUCUCCUAUUCCUCAAGACAAAUCCAAGAUUACUCCAUACCCCACUUCUCAAGAUCCUAUCUUUCGUGUUACCCGCUUCACCAUUUCACCUCCACCCUCUAAGAAUCCUUCUUCUUCUUCACUUCCUAAAAAGAAACACUGGAAACAAGGCGAGUUUCCUGGUAUUUCCGAAACAUCGUUACCUACGAGGAACACCCCCAUCAAGAACCUCAAGAAGAAGUUGGACAAAAAAAACAAUGCUAAGGCCUGGGUCAACACUGUCACCGAAACCUUAUCUGAACGCGUUGACAAGAAGCAGUGGCUUCAAGCCCUUCAGGUGUUUGACAUGCUUAGAGAACAAACCUUUUACCAACCCAAAGAAGGGACUUACAUGAAACUCAUUGUGUUGCUUGGAAAAUCUGGUCAACCCCACCGCGCCCACCAGCUUUUUACCACAAUGAUUGAAGAAGGUUUGGACCCUACUCCUGAAUUGUACACCGCAUUGCUGGCUGCAUAUUGCAGGAGCAACCUCAUUGAUGAGGCCUUUUCAGUUCUUGAUGAGAUGAAGAAACUCCCUCUGUGCCUGCCUGAUGUUUUCACUUACAGUACAUUAAUAAAGGUUUGUGUGGAUGCUUUCAAAUUUGAAUUGGUUGAGUUUCUGUAUGAAGAAAUGGCCGAAAGAGGUAUCACGCCAAACACUGUCACUCAGAACAUUGUGUUGAGUGGGUAUGGCAAGGCAGGGAAGUUUGAUAGGAUGGAGAAUGUGUUGUCUAGUAUGCUGGAGAGCACUGCCUGCAAGCCAGAUGUUUGGACAAUGAACACAAUUAUCAGUGUGUUUGGCAACAUGGGUCAGAUUGAUAUGAUGGAGAAGUGGUACGAGAAAUUUCGUAAUUUUGGUAUAGAACCAGAAACGCGUACUUUUAACAUUUUGAUUGGUGCCUAUGGAAAGAAGAGAAUGUAUGACAAGAUGUCGUCUGUUAUGGAGUAUAUGCGCAGGUUGCAGUUUCCAUGGACGACCUCUACUUACAACAAUGUGAUUGAAGCAUUUGCUGAUGUAGGUGAUGCAAAGCACAUGGAGUGUACGUUUGAUCAGAUGCGUGCUGAGGGUAUGAAAGCAGAUACCAAAACUUUCUGCUGUCUUAUCAAUGGUUAUGCAAAUGCUGGUCUCUUCCAUAAGGUAAUUAGCAGUGUUCGCUUGGCCGGGAAACUUGAGAUAGCUGAGAAUACCACCUUUUAUAACGCGGUCUUAUCUGCAUGUGCAAAAGCAGAAGAUUUGAUGGAAAUGGAGAGAGUUUUCAAGCGUAUGAAAGAUAACCAAUGUCAACCAGACAUGACAACGUACUCAAUCAUGGUCGAGGCAUAUAGAAAAGAGGGUAUGAAUGACAAAGUAUACUAUUUGGAGCAGGAAAGGCAGACAAUGACGACCGAUGAUAUAAAAGUGAGCCAGCUCGAGGAUGAAGAAAUCUUUAGUUGAUUUGUGGUUUAUAGUUAAGAUUGCUAAUACAUCUGUAUUGUUUACGACCUCCAUUUUUCUGGAGCAGCUGUUUAUUUUUGUUUUGGCAUGGAUGGAGUGACCAGCUGCCAAGUUACGUAAUCAAGCUCUGCCUAACUUGUGUUUGUUGUAGAGUUAUAUUUCAUUUUUGGGUAUCCAUUUUAUUAACAGAAGAGAGUCUGCAUUUUUUGGUGUACAGGGUUAAUGAACUGAUAGUAGAGUGUAUUAGUUUCCUAAGUCAAAUUUGAGUUCAUGUUAUUUUGAAGUGCUGGCGUUCUCACUCCUGCUGUUUACCAUGGCUUCUUGUCUUGAAGAAGGCUAUGUUGACAUUUGACAGGCUAAAAGAAUUGCUACUGCUAAUUGAUCCUCCUAAUGUUUCAUGUUAUAAUGGUAGUCCCUGCAAAAAUAUAUGUUCAUAACAAAUGGUUCUC